UCCAAAGACCGGCGGAAGUGCUCGGGGUUGUUGCCGGAAGUGGGAAGAGAAAGGUUGCGAUGGCGGCUGAAGCUCUGGUUGAGAAGGUGUCUUUGGACGGCGCGGAGGAGCAGCAGCCGUUCGCCACGACCGAGGAGCUGGCGGCGCAGAAGCGCGAGCAGAGACUGCGCAAAUUCCGGGAGCUGCACCUGAAGCGGAAUGAAGCUCGUAAAUUAAAUCACCAGGAAGUUGUGGAAGAAGACAAAAGACUUAAGCUACCUGCAAAUUGGGAAGCCAAAAAAGCUCGUUUGGAAUGGGAACUACAGGAAGAAGAAAAGAAAAAGGAAUGUGCAGCAAGAGGGGAAGACUAUGAGAAAGUGAAGUUGCUAGAAAUCAGUGCUGAAGAUGCAGAAAGAUGGGAGAGGAAAAAGAAGAGAAAAAACCCUGAUCUGGGAUUUUCAGAUUAUGCUGCUGCCCAAUUACGCCAGUAUCAUCGGUUGACCAAGCAGAUCAAACCUGACAUGGAAACAUAUGAGAGGUUGAGAGAAAAGCAUGGAGAAGAGUUUUUCCCAACAUCCAACAGUCUUCUUCAUGGAACACAUGUUCCUUCCACGGAGGAAAUUGAUAGGAUGGUCAUAGAUCUGGAAAAACAAAUUGAAAAACGAGACAAAUAUAGCCGGAGACGUCCUUACAAUGAUGACGCGGAUGUCGACUACAUUAAUGAGAGGAAUGCCAAGUUCAACAAGAAGGCAGAAAGAUUCUAUGGGAAAUAUACAGCUGAAAUUAAACAGAAUUUGGAAAGAGGGACAGCUGUGUAAUCCCUCAGGAACUGUUUUUAGAAGUUUGAGAAUAAAGUGAAAUUUUCUGCUAGCAAAUUCUACUUCUGGUAAACCUAUGCCUUCACACUUAGUGUUUAGAAAUAAAUGUUUUUACUUAAGCAUAUACUUUCAUGGAUAUUUCCACAUUUUUUGUGCUUGGAUAUAAGAUGUAUUUCUUGUAGUGCACUUGUUUUGUAAAAACCUACUUUGUAUAAAUUCUAAUUAUAUUAUUUUUCUAUGUAUUUUUAAUGUAUAUCAUUUACAUUUUCGAAGCCUUUUGGGCUGAAGAUGAUGUAGUCAUUGUGGCUUUGGAUAUUGGUAUGAAUUUGACAGGGUCUGGAGCUGGGCUCAGGAACCACCUGGUUGUCAGUGCUGCAGCUGAGGGAGUGGUGGUGGCUUCUGGUACUGCUGCCUGCUGCGACCAGCUUGAGGAAGUAACAGAACUAUCCCCCGUGAACACUGACCACUUACAGUUCCCUUUUAUAAGUAGCAAAUACCCCAUGGAGUAGAAUCCAUACUAAACACUCUAUGUAUAAAAGUUUUUAUCAUGGGACAUUUCAAAUAUUCAAAAGAAGACAUACAAUGAAUCCCAUGUACCCAUACCCCCAUCUUCAAUCAGCAACUCACGGCCGGUCUUGUUUCAUCUUUAUUUCUGCCCCUUUUUCCCUUUAUGUUAUUUUGAAGUGAAUACUGGAUUGUAUACUUUUAUCUAUAGGCAUUUCAGUAUGUAUUUGAAAGAGACUAAAAAAAUAAGGACCACAAUACUAUGAUGACAAUUUUAUUUUAAUAAAAGUCCAGAGAGAAAAA